GAGGGUGGAGUUGGGCAGCCAGGUUGGAUAUAAAAACCAAACACGUGGGCCUUGGGGUCUCUGGCUCGGAUCGCUCGCCUCCUGGUUUCACGGCUCCUGGCUGGCAGCCAACUCUGAGAGCUCCAUUUUGGGAUUCCUGAUUGGCGGAUCGGGUAGGACUCAUUUAAAACUUUGUCUCCCACUUUUCUCCCUGAGCUGUACAUUUCCUCAUUUCCCCUUCCCUUGUAAAUAAACCUUUUAUUAACCUUUCACGUGUGCCUGCAGUAGAGCAUUGAUAAGUCCUUUUAAGCGUGCGGGUGAGGACCCACAGUCAGGCACCCCGUUUUGUAUCAGGGUUGCUCUACAACAACCCCAUUACCCGGAUAUCUGGGCCCGGAGGUCAGGGCCGGCAGCCCUGUGGGGUCUGGGCUGACUGGGCCUCAACUCCUCUGCAGGUGGGACCAGAGAUCACCCAGUGCCGGGGCUCAGCACCUUCAGAAGCCCAGCGGUGGGCACAGGAGGCCUAGGGAAGUGCCCCCCCCAGCUCCUCCAGAGCCACUUCGUGGACAAUAAGACACCCCAUCCAGGUCUUCGAAAAAUAUCUGCCCAAGCAGUUCUUGCUUCCAAAUGCAUUGGACUCCCUUAGUGCCGUUCCCCGAGGCUGCUGCUUCCAUCAUAGGUUUCUGUGGAUAAUUUGAUUUGAUUCUCUGUUCCUACCAGUACUGAGAUUUUUGACGCGGAUAUCUGCUUUUCCUCCCACACCACCCAUAUCCUCCUGGGGAAGUUGAACCUACUCUGUUCUAGAAGUGGGCAUAAUUUUCCAAAAAGUACAUAUCAGAUUUCUUGUUAGUGGUGGGUUAAGGACCUGCGGCCUAAACCCACCAAUGCGUGACACUUUCCAACUCAUAGAAUUUGAUUCUGGAAUGGCCAUCUAACCUACUGAAGGCAAAUUCGAGGGGAAAUUUUAAAUGUCCUAACUUUAAGAUGAUCUUGACAGAGAUGUGCAUCCUGGAAACACUAUAGUCAUCUUGCUCCCAGCCUGGGAAUGAAGCUGACAACUUUUGGGGGAGAGAUGCCACUUGAGAGAAGUAUAAAGAACCAGAUUUGGGCCUGUGACUGACCGAUGCUCAAUCAUCACUCUACCAUGAUCAUUUUCAAUUAUGUUUAGAGUGCAUUUCCUAUUUCUAAGAAUUACUUGAGUUAGGUUUUAUGUUCACUUGGUCUGAAAGCAUUUUAAUUGAUACAUCCAGAUGGGCCUCUCUGUGCAAAAAUAGAUACACUGGAAGUGAUGGUGAUUCCCUUCAGGCUCCAAAGGAGUCCGUUUUCUGUUGUGUUAAGCAGAGGGCUCAGUCUCCAUGACCUUGUUUAUAAAGGUCAGUUGCCAGCUUAGCAUCGCUGUACUUCUGUGUAAGUCAGACCUCUGGUGUUUUCAGGAACAAGUAACUAUGGCCUGAGUGAUACAAGCAUUUUCCACAGUUGCCAUCAAGUGGCUCUCACAUAUUGGGUAAGGAAAGGAAGAUGGAAAGAGAUCACCAAGAUAAAUCGAUUGCUUAGACUUCAGAGACAAAGAUCCGUUUUGUCAAGCGAUGCUAAAAACAAGUUAUGGGACUUUAUGGGAUUCAUAAUCCACAUCUUUAACUGGAUUCUCUAUGCUCAAUCAGUAAUUUGGGGGGGAAGAAAACUUUUAAGGUUAGUGAUUAUAAGAAAGAGUAAGUAGGAGGAAAAUGACACAUGGUUCAUUAUUCCCCCAACCCCUCUUUACAGGCGCAAUUUCAAACCUCCUUCACUCUCAUCAGAUGGUCUCAUCUAUUUUCAGGAAAACAUUAAAGGAAUGAAAACCAGAGAGGAGCUUCAAUCAACAUAAAAAAAAAAAAAAAAACCAGGCUUACAGUACCUACUAACCAAUUAAAGGGUUUGGAAGAAAAAGGCGUCCUGUCUAACCUCCAGGCUGGGCACAGCUGAGCUUUGCCUGUGAAGUCCAAAGUAAGGGAGGGGCGAGAACUAGAAUAAAGAAAACAAGGUACUGCUCCCCAACAGUAAGAACUAGAGAAGCGGGAAACGACGCCUGCGGCUAUACCCUGGUGACUAUUAGGAAAAUACCAGACGAGGCCCCGCCCGUCGGUGCCCAGUCGCAAAGCAGCUCAGUCUAGACAGCUUAGAUCUGCAGCGGAACAUCCAACAUCCGAGGGGCCUGUGCUCCAACAUCCCCGUCCACUGUGCUCUGCCAGGACAGACACACGCCUCGGAGGCCGGGCCGUCAAGGGCCGGAGGCCUCGAGGCCCUUCUAGUCAUCCCUUUGCUGGGUUAACUUAAAUAGUCUGCCCACUCGCUGCACAGAACAUUUUCCGUGCCUCGCCCUUUGCGGCGGGGAGUGCGUUCCAGAACCAGUGCUCACACCAGGGGACCGCGAUGGAGGAGGGAACUCAGGGCUCCAGUGAGAAUUUGCGGGGGUGGGGCGGUUUCUGGGCCAACCUGCGCGUCCCAGGGGCGGGACAGCAGAAGCGGGAGCGCCUCCACGGGACCCCUCGCUGCCAUCCCGCCCGCCCCGCUCCGCCUGCCUGAGUCACCGCUGGAGCUGGGGAGGAGCCGGGGGGAGGCCGCCCCGGCCUAGAUCGCAGCCGGCGGCCGUUGGGCGAGCAGGCCGGGCAGUCGCGGAGCAUGGGGGAGAGCGCGCUGGAGCCGGGGCCGGCGCCCGGGGCCCCGACUGGGGGCCCCGUGCACGCCGUGACGGUGGUGACCCUGCUGGAGAAGCUGGCCACCAUGCUGGAGGCGCUGCGGGAGCGGCAGGGAGGCCUGGCCCAGCGGCAGGGCGGCCUGGCGGGCUCGGUGCGCCGCAUCCAGAGCGGCCUGGGCGCGCUGAGCCGCAGCCACGACACCACGAGCAACACGCUGGCGCAGCUGCUGGCCAAGACCGAGCGCGUGGGCUCGCACGCCGGGGUGGCCCAGGAGCGCGCCGUGCGCCGCGCCGCCCAGGUGCAGCGGCUGGAGGCCAACCACGGGCUGCUGGUGGCGCGCGGGAAGCUCCACGUCCUGCUCUUCAAGGAGGAGGCUGAAAUCCCCGCGAGCGCCUUCCAGAAGGCGCCGGACCUCGCCGACCAGUCCGAGCCCGGCGCUGAGCAGCCCGAGGCCGAAGCCGGGGAGAGCUCGGACGAGGAGCCGGUGGAGUCCAGGGCCCAGAGGCUGCGGCGCAGCGGGUUGCAGAAGGUGCAGAGUCUGCGUCGGGCCUUUUCUGGCCGGCAAGGCCAUGCAGCGCCGUCGCCCACGCCGGUCAAGCCUCCUCGCCUUGGGCCUGGACGGGGCGUUGAUGGCCAGAGCGAGCCCCCCUCUGCGCUGGAGUUGAAGCUGGAGCCAGAACCUCCGCAGGACACAGAGGAAGAUCCCGGGAGACCUGGGCCUGCCGAGGCAGCUGUGCUCCAAAUAGAGAGUGCGGCCUGAUGGCAGGCGCUGCCCGCCCCCUACCCCCCUGCCAUGCCUGGGCCUCCCCCCAGAAUAAACCUUCCUGUGAGAACCCGGCAUUCACGCCCAAAUAAGGCGAACCCUGCAUCCACAGCGCAGCAGCUCUGGGCAUCCUUCCCAGCUUCUUCAGCCCAGCACCUUGUGUCCUCUAAAAGCAGAGCGGCCUCACAUACCCGCUUCACUCACCACCAAUAAAGCGAUUUCACCUACUCCAGACUCCAUGUGUAGGGCUGGGGGUAGGGGCUGGAGGCACAGCAAGGAAUAAGACAGAUAUUGGAAUCUGGAAUGUGACUUCAGUUUCAAACAGAUCAUGUAGAAUUUCUCCAGGUUCCAUGAAUCCUGGGCUGCGGUCUAGGCGCACUGAAAAAUAUCUGGCUGCCACUUGCUCCUGGAGUGUUUUCCUCAGGGGCAAAUACAGUCACAAUUUUUCAACCUCCAGUACAGUCCCUUGCUGUAGGUGCUUAAUAUAUUUUUAAUGGUUUUCCUCUUAGUGUCCUCUUUCUCUUAAAAAUCAAAAUUUCCAGAAUUCUGAUUUCAGCUCUUUUCUCAUUCUGGGUUCUCCAGCUUUGCUUUGACAGGCCUAUCAGCCACAUAACACUCCAGGCCACUGCCUUGAGCUACUAUUGAAAAAUGCUUUCAAUUUAAUGUGUCCAACAGAAGCAAUCUAUUUUCUUUUAAUUACCUUCAAUUUCCAUUUUAUUACUAUUUUUUGAGCACUUCCUAUGUAUCAUUCAAAAUUACACCUCUUUUUUAACCAAUGAAUGGCAUCAUCAUCUACCCAGAAAGCUUGAGGUCUUCAUUAGUCUCUCCAACUCUUGCUUUCAUGUCAUCAGGAAAUAGCCUAGAUUUGACCUUUGCAAUCUGUCUACUUUUAAUGCCCAAGGCCAUAGUUUUAUUUCAGGCCUUAUCUGACUAUUAUUUGACCCGCCAGUCUGAUCACAUCACCCUCUGAUUCAGUCCCUUCAAUGGCUCCCCAUCACUUUCACAAUGUACAAGCUCAUUAACAUUAUCUUCAAGGCCCUUUGUGAUCAACCUCACCUCUUGCCACUUCCCCUCAUUCUAUUAUUGAACCACAGUGAGCUGUGUCCUCUCACCCUCAUAUCUACUAUCCUGCCGAGCUCAGCAAGAUACCCCAGUUUCAGGGCUGGACACUUCUAUCUCUUGCUGCCAGAGCACUGCUUGCACACCUCAGCGUUGACUGCAUUUAUCACCCUCAGUGACAGUUUGCAACUACUCCUCCCAUUCCAUUCCACUAAUCUGUGGCUCCUUUGCAAUAGGGACUUUUUUCCACAUCUGUAUUUCCCACAUCGACACUAUGCUGGUGCAUAGUAGGGCACACGUAGCAAGAGCAUCACAAAAGUGAGAGGUCAGGGGCUUAGCUGAGAAAGAAGCACAGCCAUCCACCUACUCUUUCCACCCACCACCGCUUUUCAUAUAAAGACAUUUCUGAAUAUGCGCUGGAUUCCAGGAUCUAUGCUAGAUCUUGUGAGCAAGAGGACAGCCACUUCUGAGGCCAUCGAGGACCUCAGAGUUUAUACACUUAUAAUGAAUGAUGUAUACACGUGCAGUGGUAGUUAUGCAUAGGUUUGUUUGAGAGGAAAGAGGGAAAGGACUCAGCCUAUGUAGAAGGGGAAAAGUGGGGGAUGUUGAGGAACUGUUCUUGGAAAAGAUAAGGCAUGGGAGGGAGAACAGGGACGGUGCAGGGCAGUAGAGCCCAGCGGUUAGUAGUGUAAAUUGCCAGUUCCCUCAUCUAUAAAAUGAGAUAAUGGUAACUUCUAUUGGGAUGCUUUGAGAAUUAAAAGACACAAGUGCCUAGCACAGUGCCUGAAAGAUCGUUACUUUUAAGCUUUUUAAUUCUCCCUUCUAGUCAUUUAGCAAAUAUUUGCUUAAAUCUGAGUGUCUGCCAGGCACUAUUCUAAGAGCCAGCCAUACAGAAGAAAGACAAGAUUCCUGCCUUAAUGGAGCUCAAUUCCACUAGGGGAACAGACAAUAAACAAGUAAACUUAGAGAACAGAUAAAAACAAGUUAACAUAUGAACUAGAAGGCCUCUGGCUAUGGACUCUGAAGCAAAAGAAACAGCAGGAAUAUAGAUAAUGACUGCGGUCCAUUAGACAAGGAUAUUGGAAAUUUAAAAUGGAAUCAGAGUUCAAGAGACUUAAAUUCUCACCUCCCAUUCAGUUAGAAGAAUCCAAGCUUCACUUGCCAUGUUUGAGAAAUCUGAUCAAUUACUUUAGAGCUCCCCAUUUCCCGUAGAUUGUAUGCUUACUCCAAGGGCUUCACCCCAUCUUGUCUCUGACUAAAUUGUUAUUGCUCUUAUGACCACAUGAUGCCACUGUUGGGUUACCAGUGCCUUAGCUGGUGCCUUAUCGAACAACCCUGAAAGUCUGUCUGUCCAGCUCUGCGCCCAGACCAGGCAUUCUGCAGUACCUCCAUUACCUCUGGAAAAAUCCAGGGCUCUUCUUGCAGACUUCCACGCCUUAGCGCCUAGACUGCAUCAGCUUCCCAGCAGCUCUUUUCAAGGUUCUACCAUCAUGGAGGGACUGGUUUGAGCAGACUCAGUUCUGACCCCAAGAGAAAUAAAUUCUUGUUUUUUUUCCAAAUAGUUGGCAAUCCACCCAACUUUUCCCUUUCAACCCACACACAAGUUAAAGCCCAACUGCAUAUUUCUUAAACAAAGUAUCUUGAUGGUUCAUAGGAAAGCAUGUGGAGGCUCAGAGAACUUGGACCUUGACCUCUAGGAACUGGAAGUUUUGGCUAACUCUGAUGGAGAGAAUGUUACUUUUUAUUUCUUCCUGCUGCAUCUGCAACAGCAAAUAAUAAAUAUGAAAUUAAAACAGAAGUAACUUAAUUCCUUAUUUGUUCCCUUUGUUAUAGCACAUUCUCCACUGUCACUGAUAUAGUUUAAUUACUAAUUAUUAUUAUAAAUUCAGGUGUGGAGACACUAGCACAAUGCUAACUUGAGAAGCAGCAUGUGACAUAUAGCUGGUUGCUUUAAGCAGGGGGGAGGCACACUGCUGGACUGAAAUUCAGAGUCUGGUUCUCAGUUAUUCAGGCCAGAAGCACACUGUAUUGUACCUCUCAACAUGUUUAUGUUAAGAGGGAUUCAUUUGCAAUAACCCAUCUUAGAAAACACUGAUUAACUUGAUGUUUAGAGUGCUAGAUUUGUUAACUUCCCCAUGAACUAAAAUAGCUAAUUGAACUAGAAUAAUUUUAUUAGAUAGCCAGAACAGUUUCCAUCCUGUUACUUGGGAAGCCACAUAAAACCUUAAAGUGUAAGGAAAAAGAAUAUGGCAAGAGAAUGGCCAAGAUCAUUUGAUCUGGUCUACCCAUUUUCUGCUGUGCUAUUCCUCCUACAUGGAAUAUAUACAUUCCUGGUGAGAAACUUCUUCCCCUGUCAAGUACUAAAGAUCUUUUUGACUUUCCUUUCUUGAGAGUUGAAUCAUUUAAUGUCAGUAUUGACGGAAGCUGAAACGCCAUUGAUCCACCUGUAUUUCCAAUACCAUCUUGUUGCCUGACCUUAAUUGGCCUCUAUUUAGCCAACCCCAGGGCGUGGCACUCCCUCAGGUUCAGUCAACCCUAUUUGAACAAAUUUGCUGCUAGGGAACUUUUCUUUAUACUGAGAUCAAAACCCAUCUUCAUGGUUUCCAUAUGUGGCAAUUAACUUCCCUUCAACAACAACUGCACAAAUUCCUUUAUUUCUAUGCUGUGUAUGUUCUGGGAGUUCAACUCCUCCAGGACACACAGGAUGGGCUCAUCUAAGACUCCUCCACAAUUGCUUCCUCAAGUCAAACAUUGCUGGCUUAUUCAGCCACUCCUUAUAUUAUGUUCACCAAAUCUGAACCAUACUUUUGUGAAUUGUUUCACUUUGCCCAUAUCUAUUUUAAAUAGGAAGGUGGAAAGAUGUAUGGAAAAAGCAAGGCCUUUUUAUAAGGGCCAAAUAUGUGAGGAGGUAUAUUUUCUAGGGAUCCAAUAUCCCAAAGAUCCUUGAGCUGGUGAGUGAUGAUUCUCUUUUUCCAGGUGUGUUAUGAGGAUUAAAUAAAAUUUUUCAUUUAUUCUUUCACUCAUUUGGUUAUUUGUUGUGCUCAGUGAUUGAGAUAGAUGGUAUGUUGUACAGGCAGGCACGCUGCCCUCAGAACUUCUAUGAGCUUGGCA